GCUGUUCCUGUUCUUCUAUCUUUGCGAGGACCAAGUUUGAGUUUAAUAACUUUUUACGUCCUGAGAACACGUUGGAGUUUUUUUGUGGAAAGUAAGGAUGUUUUAAUAGGAGAGGACAUAUUUGGGAAUGUUUACACAGUGACCUCAGUUUUGGUAAACAGAAAUUUUGGAAGUUUGGAACACUUUUUUAAAAGUGAACAAAUUUUGCAAAUGAUAUUUUUGAUCAGACCUGAAGCUCAGUUUGGAUAUUACAACAAAACUUUGGAUUUGUGGUUUUUCAUCUGGCUGCAGAAAAAACCAUCAGUGGACUUCAACAGAUUUUGGACUCUAUUUUUAUUUCUGAGGAUCCAGUAAAUUACAUUUUUGAUCCUUUUGUGUCUGAACUUGUGGAUAUUCUGAUUUUAUUUAAUAUUUUUUUGGAUCUGAACUCUCUGGAGUCCAGUGUUCAGUCUAAGGUGGGGUAAUUUCAGGGUUUUGGUCCUCUGAGUGACAGUGUUGGUGCAGUUUUUCGUCUGAAUGCCCCAGGAUUACCCUCAGGCUGCAGUUCCUCACCCGGCCUGCAGGGCAGCAGCAGAGAGCAGCGGCUGGCAGCUGGACAGGCGAAGUGUUGGCAUGAGUGACUUCUGGCACAAGAUGGGCUGCUGCGUGGUGGCUAAACCUCCGCCGAAGAAGAAGAGGAGGAAGAUUGAUCGCAGUAUGAUUGGAGAGCCGACAAACUUCAUCCACCUCACACACAUCGGCUCCGGAGAGAUGGCCGAUGGCCUGCAGCCGUCGGGGUCGGUUCAGGAGCAGAUGAGGUCCAAAGGGCCUAACAUGAACGGCAGGAACAGUCUGUUAUAGCUGGAGUAACUGAAAUCAGCCCAGACCUUCUGACCAACCUCCUCUCUCCUCUGAACCUCUGAAUCUUCUGUCCUGUAUCUGACCCCUGACCAGAGGCUUCCACACCCCUCCUGCCCUGCUGAAGUGUCCUUGAGCAAAGCUCUGCCCCUCUGCUAGCUGCAGGGGGGGGAGGGGGUCCUGUCUAGACCUGAAAAAAUCUCAGACGGAUCCCCCCUGGAGGAUGAUCACUUUAAACGAAGAAAGGAGGCUUUUGCCUCUUUUCAUCGAAGAAACAGAAGAAUUUUUUUUUUUUUUAUGAAUCAGGAUUUAGAAUCAGGGGCCGCUGUUAAAAAUUGUCCAAAAAUGAGCCACAUCUCAGGUCCAGUAAACCACCAAGGACUACAUCCCCCAGAAUCCUUUUCUAUUCAGGAUAUCUGCGAAAUGACAGAAUGUCUGUAUUUUAAGAAAUAAAAACUGGCUCCAAAGUGUU